AAAAGGCAAGUUAGAGAUAGACACAUCAAUAUAACCUAAAACAAAACAUCAUAACAAUAACAGCACAAAACUAAUGGCAAAGCGACAACUAUUGAUGCUAGGAAUUAGAGCGAGCUUCCACACUCUCGCCGCCGUGCUUGUGGCCGGAGUAAUAUUCACUGCCGUGUUUUUGUCCCGAAACGGUAUGCGAAAAGAAACUCCUCAAAGCAUUGGUGUUUCGAACGUGGAAGAAGGCGAGGGCAGUGACAGAGAGUGUAAUAUUUUCGAAGGAAAAUGGGUGUUUGAUAACGAGUCAAAGCCUAUUUAUAAAGAAGAAGAGUGUAAGUUCAUGUCCGAUCAGCUGGCUUGUGGGAAGUUUGGAAGAAAAGAUUCGAGUUACCAAUACUGGAGGUGGCAACCUCACAAGUGUGAUCUCCCCAGAUUUAAUGGGACGAAGUUGCUGGAGCGGCUGAGAAAUAAGAGGAUGGUGUACGUAGGAGACUCCUUGAACAGAGGCCAAUGGGUAUCAAUGGUAUGUAUGGCUAGUUCUGUGAUUACAAAUCCAAGGAUGAUGUAUUUUCACAGCAACAGCUCUAAUCUCAUCACUUUCAAAUCGCUCGAAUACAAUGCGACAAUAGAUUUUUAUUGGGCUCCCUUGAUGGUGGAAUCCAACUCGGACGAUCCAACAAACCACAGGUUACCUGAACGGAUAGUUCGGAUCCAAUCGAUAGAGAAACAUGCGAGGCAUUGGACUGAAUCUGAUAUCAUUGUCUUAAACUCUUAUUUGUGGUGGUUAAGGCCUCAUAUGAAGACACUGUGGGGGUCGUUUGAGAAGUUAAAUGGAAUAUACAAAGAAGUGGAGAUGGUUAGAGUCUAUGAGAUGGCUUUGCAAACAAUGUCUCAGUGGUUGGAAGUUCACGUUAACUCCAAUCUUACCAAACUUUUUUUCAUGUCCAUGUCUCCCACCCAUGAAAGGGCCGAAGAAUGGAGAGGAAAAACUAAACAGAACUGUUACGGAGAAACUAGUCUGAUAGAAAAAAAAGGAUAUCAUGGAAAAGGGUCGGACCCAAAAAUGAUGAGAGUCGUCGAAAAUGUACUUGACGAGCUAAAAAGGCGAGGAUUGAAUAUACAGAUGAUAAACAUAACACAAUUAUCAGAGUAUAGAAAGGAUGGACACCCUUCAAUAUACAGAAAACAAUGGGAGCCACUGAAGGAAAGCCAAGUCUUGGAUCCAAGUAGUUACUCAGAUUGUAUACAUUGGUGUUUGCCUGGAGUUCCUGAUGUAUGGAAUCAGCUCCUUUAUGCUUAUAUUGUUGAGGAUCACCACUCUACUUGAAAAUUGUUCUUACACCUUUUUUUUGUUUCUUUCCUAUAUUCCACUUCAAUUGUACAGCUGAUUCACUUUACCUUCAAUAAAUCUUUUGUCAUC